AUAAUGAUGUUGGCGACUGUUAUACUGGUGUUAGUUUUGGAUUUAGUCAACAGGACUGAUUGUCAUGACAAACAGCGAUAUAAUAUUGGUGGCAUUUUCAGUGAUGCCAUUCAAGAAGCAGCAUUCCGCAUCGCAACUUACACCAUGAACAACAAGUACCCCUACUCCCAAAUCGAACUGGUACCCUCCACUUCCUCAGUACUGCCCCACAACACCCUUGAAGCUUACCGAUCUACUUGUGGACAUCUCCAAAAUGCUAGCAUAGCAAUUUUCGGACCUGGGUCAUCUAUAGCUUCCCCAUUUAUACAAUCUCUUUGUGAUGCUAAGGAGAUCCCUCAUAUUGAAACUCAUAGGGACUUUGAAAUGAACAGGAACGACACCUUGGUCAAUGUUCAUCCCCAUCCAAGGGUUUUGACUGAUUUCUUCAUUGAUUUGAUCGAGUCUUUCAGAUGGAAGAAAGUUAUCGUGAUCUACGAUGAUGACAACAAUUUAUUGAGUGUGGCUCCAUUGUUGGAGUUCAAUAAUAAAAAAGGAAGAAAAGUUAUCCUGAAACAAUUGGAAUAUCCAGAUGAGCAACCUGGGAACUACAGACCGAUGUUGAACAAAGUCAAAUUGCUUGGGGAGAUGCAAUUCGUCCUAGCCUGUUCAAUUGACAUUCUGGAAAACGUCCUGAAACAGUUACAACAAGUAGGAAUGAUGACGGAAAUAUAUAGCUACUUGAUUACCAAUCUGGACCUUCAAACCAUAGAUAUAGAACCGUUUCAGUAUGGGGGAACUAAUAUAACAGGGAUAAGGAUGAUCGAUCCUGAUCUUACUGAAGUGAAAAGGAUAUCAAUGGCAGUUCGUGAUAGCAGUGAUUCACAUAAACUAAGGGUUGAAACAGCUCUGCUCAUUGAUGCUGUUCAACUGUUCUACGAAACCAUCUAUGAUUUGACAAUUGACAGAAAAAUGAUCAUCCAGGCUCGUCCAAUCAACUGCAAAUCCACAGACAACUGGAAGUACGGAGAUUCAAUCAUCAAUCUGAUGAAAUCUAAAUCAACUUUGGGACUUACUGGUCUCAUGAAAUUUGAUAACGAAGGCUUCCGCAGGGACUUCAAGAUCGAUGUUCUUGAGUUGUACCCACAAGGACUCAUCAAAGUUGGUGAAUGGAACUCAACUUUACGAACAAUUGAUCUCCAGCGACCAGUUGUGGAAAAUUUCCAGAAAAAUUUGGGAGAUAACUUGUUCAACACAACAUUCAUCGUUCUGAUCAGCUUGACUCCUCCAUAUGGUAUGCUAAAGGAAACCACUACACAGUUGAUUGGGAAUGAUAGAUUUGAAGGGUUUGGUAUAGACGUGAUCAAGGAGCUGUCGGGUAUUCUGGGAUUCAAUUAUACAUUCAUUCUCCAAGAAGAUGGUUUGUAUGGAAAUAGAAAUAAGUCUACUGGAAAAUGGAAUGGAAUGAUAAGAGAAAUCAUUGAUGGUAGAGCUGACUUGGCUAUCACGGAUUUGACUGUUACAUCUGAAAGAGAAAGUGCAGUGGACUUCACAAUGCCAUUCAUGAAUUUAGGAAUUAGUAUCCUGUACAGAAAACCAGAGCCGGUCCCCCCUAGCCUGUUCAUGUUCGCUUCUCCAUUUUCUUUCUACGUUUGGUUGCUACUGGGAAUUUCAUACUUCAUAGUAUCUCUUUCCUUUUUCGUUAUGGGCAGGCUGUCACCAAGCGAGUGGCAGAAUCCCUAUCCAUGUGUAGACGAGCCAGAAUAUCUAGUCAACCAGUUCACCAUAAGGAACUCAUUCUGGUUUACAAUGGGAGCCCUAAUGCAACAAGGUUCAGAGCUAGCCCCAGUGGCUAUUUCUACAAGAACAGCUUCAGGAGUAUGGUGGUUGUUCGUUUUAAUCAUGGUAUCCUCGUAUACUGCGAACUUGGCAGCAUUCUUAACUGUAGAGACUUUGGUGACCCCAUUUAAUGAUAUUGAUGAGUUAGCAGCUCAACAGGAGAUCAAGUUUGGGGCUAAGAAGAAUGGAGCUACAGCAAAUUAUUUCAGGGAUUCAAAUUUGACGAAGUACAAACAAGUUUGGAGCUACAUGGUCCACCAUCCUGAGCUAAUGAUGGACAGUAACGAGGAUGGUGUGGUAAAAGUUGAGAAUGAGAACUAUGCUUUCCUCAUGGAAUCUACUACCAUAGAAUAUGUGACCGAAAGGCAUUGCACUCUGGCUAGAGUAGGGGGACUAUUGGAUGACAAGGGAUAUGGAAUUGCAAUGAAAAGAUAUUCACCAUACAGGAAUGACCUCAGUACCGCAGUACUACAACUUCAAGAGAAAAGCAUCCUUACUGGUCUCAAGAUAAAAUGGUGGAAAGAAAAAAGAGGUGGUGGAAGAUGUGCUUCUAAAUCUGAAGCAGGUGAAGCAACGCCACUAGACCUGAAGAAUGUUGGUGGAGUGUUCUUGGUACUCUUCAUUGGUACCAUUUUGGGAAUGAUGGGGUCUUUUGCAGAGAUGACCAAUUGUAUUUACAAGCGGUCCAGGAGGGAAAAUGUCCCUUUCAAAGAGCAGUUCAUGAGGGAGAUGCGAUUCUUUGUUCAGUUCAAACAGAGUGUCAAGGAGGUCAAUAAUUUACCACCAGAUAGCGUUAGCGGCAAACACUUGAUGAAUAAUAGUACGAAGACAAUAGAUUAUGUGAAGAUGUGA